AUGAUCAAGGGAAAGAAGGUCACGCUGCUGGAGACAGCGGCAACGACAACAACUACCAUCACCAUCAUUACCAAACAUUCAGGGACAGUCAUUUUGUAUACUGGGUGUACAGAGCAUUCGUAA